GGCCAUGUGAAAUCUGGUCCUUUUUGUCAAAGUGGUAGGUGUAGUUGCCUGACGACAAAUCUUUUGAAAAACCGCUGUCUGGUGUGUGGUACUUGUCACUGCGCCUCGUUCUGGAAUGUAGUGGACGAUUUUUAGCAUCUAAUUUUGCUAAGUUUCGUUACUGUACUUUGGAAUUGGAAUACGUUAAUCAUUGUUUCACCAUUCCGGUAUUUUGUCAUUUACUGAUAGCUGGCUAAGCCCUGAUUCCGCAAUAUGCAGGGGAGUGAGCUAAGACUUCCUUGACGCAAACUUCCAGAAUCAAAUUCAAAUGUGGUAAUACCAACAACUGCAGCUCAAAUGAAUACAAAUUAGUUAUGUUAGGCGCGAGAUGGAAAAAAAGGAGGAGGAUUGCGCUUUUGGUCUGCAACAGCAAGAGUGGUAUUGGGCGAAUGCUUCCAAGGAGGAAAUUGCGUCAGCUAUAUGCGAUUGUCCAAGUGGUACGUUUUGUGUGCGCGAUGCUUCAACUAAAGGAAACUAUACCCUUACGCUUAGAUAUGGUGAGGUACGUGCUUACAUAAAUUAUGAAAAUUAGCUAUUUUUUUAUUAUUUCUUCCGACAGUUAUCCUUAAGCUAACAUUGUAGUAUAGUUCAGCAAUUUACUUGCUAUUAGCAUACGGGCGUACUGAAUAAUCAGAUAUUAUUAGCAUAUGAGGUCUUGGAAAACAAUCUAUAUUGUAAAGACUUUCCAAAAUUAACUACUGAUUGCCGAACAAAUAUUCCCUUGAGCUGAGGUGUUGCGUUGUUUAUAAUAAUCCCCUUUUUUCUUCGUUAGGAUUCAAAUAUUAUUGCGUAGCAAGAAACAUGACGUCGCCAGUUGGUGAGUGAUUCUUUUUCCAUAAACGAUAUGGAAUAUUGCUUUGAAAUCUAUUUGUAAUCUUGUACUUGUGCUGAUGAGAUUAGAGCCGUGGUAAUUUACAGAGAAACUGUACAAAUGUGUAUGGAAUGACAAAGGGCAGUCUUAAAGUUUCAUGCUUUUUUGAGACAUUUUCGUUAAUAAUCACCUUACUUGGGUUUUGGAAUGAAUUAUGAGUUGUUAUACGCAAAGGCAAUGUGUUGGCAGUCAUAUGGAUGAAGGAAAUUAUAUUGCAGAGGAAUCGUUUAAUAAGGAUUAUUGUUGCUGGUGAGCACUGUGGCUUUACGGAAGAUAUGUUAAAAUUCGAAUCAGUUGUAUCAUUAAUUAAUUAUUAUCGAAGAAAUUCCUUGCUGGAAUACAAUCGUCAGCUUUCUACUGAACUUCUCUACCCACUUCGUAAACCAAAUUUGGAACAGACUUCUUGGGUCAUCGAUGGUGUACGCAGUGUGGAACAUUUGCUGUGUCAGUUGCGUGGUUUGCACGCUGCUCAUUUGCGCCUUAUACGACAUGAUGAUCAAAUUACGGCAGAGCUUGAUUCGUUAAAAGAGGAAUUGCAAAAAAAGCGACAAGCACAUGCUGCAUUUAUUGCUUCAUACGCACUUUUCUUGAAACAAGUGGAGUUGCUUGAAAGCAAUAAGCAAUUGUUAUUCGAUGAAUCCGAAAUUGCACAAUCAAACAAAAAUAAGGAGGCCCAGCAGAGGAGAUUAAAAAGUAUACGCUAUCAACAGCAGCAAAUGAUUGCUCAAAUUGAGGCGACUGAAAGAAAAAUCAGGGAAAACGAAGCUUUGCAUUGCAGUUUAACUCCGAAACUUUCAAAAUUGCAUAAAGAACUGGGGACUUGUCAGUUUCGUCUCUCUCAACUUAAUGUUUCGCAAGCAGCAAUGGAUAAAGUGUUACAAGAAGUGUCGUUUUUGGCUGACUUGGAACAAGAACCACUCUCAAAAAUACUGGUUCAGUUAACUUUACGUUGGCAACCCGACAGAUAUCUUUCGCUCGACUGCACAAAGGAUAGCGCCUUCAAAGUUAUUCGAUCACUUAUGGACUGUAAUCCUGAUAAUUCAAAUGGAAUAUUUUUAAUUCGCCCCAGUCAGUCUCAAGUUGGUCACUAUGCACUGACUAUAUCAAAUGAAAACCAUAUAUUUAAUUGUUUAAUUGAAUACAGAGAUUUAAAACAUCCAGAAUCGUCAGGAUAUGCAUUUCUCAACACGAAAUUAUUUUUUUCCUCUUUAGUCGACUUUGUGCGAUAUUAUAGCCACUGUUCGAUGAAGGAACACAAUGCUCACUUAGAUACCAAACUCAAAAUACCAGCCUUCAAAGGUACGUUGUGAACAGAAAAAGAAAUCUUAUUCCCGUCUAUUUAUGAAACUUCACUUUGCUGUGUUAUUUGAAUCAGUUUCAUUACGUUACUCAUUUCUCUUAUGGUUCAUUGAUUCUUAUCCCCCAGUUAGUAGUGAUGGAAAUAUCUUCUUGUUUGACGAUUAUAUGAAAGAUUUGCUGUUCUUUUUAAACACUGUCUCUCCUACUUUCUCCUCUCUGCUUCAUUGAUAGAUCCCAGCUUUGUUUCACAGAGUUCUGCUUUUAGCUUCAGCUUGCCUUCAGACUAUUUCCUUAUUGAAUAGCAAAGAAAAAACUCGUUUUUAUGGUCGUUUUUCGGCACUGCUUGUUUUUGGAACUGUUAAACUGGACGCUUCAUUUCCAACAGUCAUUUGAAGUCUCUUUCGUGAAACGGGUCGUUAAACUUUUUCGUGUAUUACUUUAUGUCGCUUACAUAUUUCACAAUUGAUAGUGAACAAUUUUGUGUUACCGUUACCAGUUCAGGUUUCGGCAUGCCAGAGUAUACUGAGAUAUAAGCAACUCGCGUAAUCCUCCAAGAAGCGUUGUGACGACAAUUCUUUGGUCAAGUUUUCUUCUGAUUAUUCUGCUGCCAAUAGUAGACAAAACCUGAAUGAUUCUUUUCUGGAAGUUGCAGUGAACCAUAGGUAGACUGUGUACCUGUAUCGCCUCUAAUUAGAAUGUGACCAGAUUGGCGAGGAAGUAUCUUAGUUUAAUUAAUUAGUCCUACAAUCGAGUAGUCGUCUUGGUUUAAUUGUUGAGUCCUAUCACUUCAGUAUCUUCGACACUCCAUUAAUUCCUUCGAAAGUGAUACAGCAAUAACUAGUUAAGUCCCAUCCAGGUGUUUGGUUUUCAUACCAGCAAUUUUGUGGAUUCGGAAACCUAAAGUUUACUUCUAUGCUCAGUGGGAAUUUAU